UGGUGAGAGGGUCAAUAGAGCAGCAUUAUGGGCAACUGGAAAACUAUAUUGUUGAAUUGAGAAGGGUUGAUGGGGAGGGCAGAUAUGAGCUUCUUCUUCAAGGAGAUAGUGUAUUUAAAGCACUAUAUGUGGGUUUGAGUGCCUUGAGAAAGGGGUUCAAAACCAGUUGCCGGCCUGUUAUAGGUAUUGAUGGCUGUUUUUUGAAAACCUAUCUCGGUGGUCAUCUCUUAUGCGCAACUGGCAAGGACGGAAACAAUGGCAUGUUUCCGAUUGCCUGGGCCGUUGUUGAGGCCGAGAAUGAAGGCUGCUGGACUUGGUUUUUGAAAUGUUUUAUGGAGGAUUUGGAUAUCCAAGAUGGCAGUGGUUGGACCUUCGUCAGUGAUCAACAGAAGGUACUCUUAUACAUCUAAUUUAGAUUUGUCUUGCAAAUCAUCGAUCUAACUUUUUUUCAUUCUAUGUAGGGAUUGCAAAAUGUCGUGGCCAUUUUGGCUCCAGGAGCUGAACACCGGAACUGCGCCCGACAUAUAUACAUGAAUUGGAAGAAGGAUCACAAGGGCCAAACGCUUAAGAAUUUGUUCUUUAGGGCUGUGAAUGCUACCCAUGAAGCGGAGUUCAAGGCUGCACUUCAGGAACAGAAGCAAGAGAGUGCCGCGGCGCAUGAAGAUUUCCUGUCAAGGGACACCAAAAAAUUCUGUAAGGCAUUCAUAUCCACUGGACCCAAAAGUGAUAGCGUCGAUAAUAAUAUAAGUGAAUGUUUCAAUGGGUACAUUUUAAAUGCUAGGGGUAAGCAUGUAAUUCAUAUGUUAGAGGAAAUCCGUUCAUCUUUGAUCCCGCUGAUCUUGUUUCUCAUUACUUCACUGUGGCUACCUAUCUUUCGGGGUAUGAAUUUGGUAUCCAACCCAUUGUUGGGAACAAGAUGUGGCCUGAAGUGAAGGGUGAUUUGGUGAAACCACCACCUAAAACAAGAAUGCCUGGACGUCCCAAGAAAAAACGGGUUCGAGCACCUCAGGAGAAGGAAGGGAGGAUGACCAAAUAUGGAGUUAUGAUGUCGUGUAGCAACUGCAAGCAGACAGGGCACAACAAAAGGAAAUGCACUAAUGCAGCCCUGGAAAACCCGAACCCUAAUAAGCGGAAAAGAGGAAGGCCUUCAAAAGAUGGUGCAACUAAAAAAGGAAGCAAGGAAAAGGGAGGGCAAAGGAAAAAGGCUGCAUCUGAGCAACACUCUCAAAUGAAGGAAAAAAGUGGAUCUACUCAAUACAAAGGCAGAGGGGCAACUCUUAAAGGGAUUGGUGUUUACGUGAAUGAGGCAACUGGAAAUUCGUUCUACCAUGGUUCAACCUCAUCCAAGAAAACCAUGUUGUUGCAAAAGCUCAAAAAGCCAAGAAAUUCAAAUACCAAAGAUGGUGGGACUACAACUCAAGAAAGUGUUGUCACCGGAGUAGCAAAAACUCAAGAAAGUAGGAAUGAAGGAGCCUCAACCCAAGAUUUGUGAAUCAAACAUGUUGUUUUUGUAAAUUUUGCGGCAUAGUAGCCGGUUAUUUUGGGGUUUUUGUCUGCACUGAGCAACAAAUUAGCUUGAAAUACUUUGAUGCUUAGCUGGUUCUAUGUAACUCAACUUCAUCAUAUCACUUACUGGC